AUGGCACCGAAAUUAUCAAAUAUAGUUUCAUUAAAUUUUAAACAAACAGAAAGAAUUGCAUUGACAAAGGUACUUAGAGAGUACGUGCUUAAAGCUUAUGGUGAACAUCCUGAUGCCUAUACCGACGAUUUUCGUGUUCUUGACGAAUUGAGAACAGAUUGUCUGAAUUUGGAAGUACAUCGGAAUGCGCUUCAUCGUUUAUUAAAAUAUUAUGGACAACUCGUAUUUAUAGGAUCUAAAUUUCCAAUUGAUGUAGGAAUAGAGUUUCCAUGGAAAUCGUCUUUUUCAAAUGCUGAUGAAAAACCAGUUUCGCAUAGAAAUUUUUAUUAUGAAAAGGCAUGUGUAUUAUUCAAUAUAGCAGCCAUGUACAGUCAACUUGGGAUUUCAGAAAAUAGAUCAUCACCUGAAGGUGUUAAAAGAGCAUGUCAACACUUCCAAAAUGCAGCUGGAUGUUUUCAACAUUUGGAUAAAGUAGUAGUCCCAGAAAUGCGAAUUGCUCCCCCUUUAGAUAUGUCUACUUCAACUUUACGUGUAUUAAUAAAUACUAUGUUGGCACAGGCUCAAGAAUGUUUCUGGCAAAAAGCUAUUUAUGAUAAUAUGAAAGAUGGAGUUAUAGCAAAGUUGGCAAGUCAAGUAUCUCAUUUAUAUGAUAUUGGAUAUGAAACAGCCUCCAACAAUCCUGAAGUUACUAAAUUAUUAGGACAAUUGAUUACACAUUUAAACGUGAAAUCUUGGUAUUUUAGAGCAGCUGCAGAAUUUCGUAAAUCCAAUGAAUGUAUUAGCCAAAAUAAGUACGGUGAAGAAAUCGCAAGAUUACAUGUAGCAGACGGAUAUAUUAGACGUUGUUUAGAAAAUAAAAAACUUUUACACGAAUUUGUUAUCACAGAUUUAGAAUCGUUGCUAAAUGUAGUUUCUAAUAACCUUAAACGAGCAGAAAAAGACAAUGACAUAAUUUAUCUACAAACAGUCCCAGCAACAUCAUCAUUAAGUACAAUAAGUAAAGCAAAUAUGACAGAAAUAAAAAUUCCACCAGAAGUUGAAAACCCAAUUUCUUUGAUGAAUGGGACAUCCAUACUAGGAUUUCCAUUAUUUGCAAAGCUUGUUCCAUUUGCAGUUCAUCAAGCUCAUAGUGUCUAUUCAGAUCGAAAAGAGAAAUUGGUUAAAGACAUUUUGACGAAAUUGAUUGAUUUGCCUAAUAUUUCUACAAGGUCACUUAAUCUUCCUAAUUCAAUAGAGAAUUUAAAUUCUGAGGGGUCGAACGAAUUGCCACCGUCAUUGAUGUUAAAAGCACAAGAGAUUCGCAACGAAGGUGGUGCUGUUAGAUUGAAUGAAUUGCACGAACAAAUAAACAGACUUUCUAGUCGUUGUAAUGAAUUAUUGGAUAAGGCGUUUGCAGUGUUGGAUCAAGAAAUCACAGAAGAUGAGGAUUUACAAUCUAGUUACGCAGGGAAAUGGAAUAGACCAAAAUCUCAAGAAGUCAAUAAAAAUUUGGUAGCAUUAGCACAAGGGCAUCGUAGUACACUUGAGAAAGCACUCAAGAGUGACUUCACUCUUGGAAAAAUGUUAAAUAAAUGGUCAGAGAUUAUAAACAUACUGGCUUCUGAUAAUGUAAUAUUAUGUUUAUUUUAUUAUGAUUGUAAGAUGAUAGGAAAAUUAUCACUCGACGAUGAUGAUGCGACAACAAAUGAAGUAAAAAGAAUAGCUAAUGAGUUACGUGAUUUGAUGAACCAAGUUAAUGAUUUGAAAAAAGAAAUCCAGAAUAAAACACAAGAAGUAAAAAGGAUGGCAGACUUGGAUGACAUUGAAUCAGCAAGAAUAACAUCCACCGGAACCACUAAAGUUGAACCAGCACAUUUUGAAGAUUUAUUUAAUCAGCAAUUGGCAAAAUAUGAUAAAUUCUUUAAAUAUAUUCAACAAGCAACUAUUGUUCAAGAAAAUUUACAUAAUUCGAUUAAUGUGACACGUAGAAGAACUAAAUUUGUUAAUACAGAGCGAGAUAGUGUUAUUCAACAACUUGAAAUUGGUUAUGAAAAAUUCAAAGAAAUUCAGAAAUUCUUAUCGCAUGGCAUAAAGAUCGGCAAUGAUGUUAUUUAUAACAACAUUGAUUUUCAUCAUCACCACCAUAAUCCACCACCUAAUGAAAUCAACGACGACAAAAAUACCAAAGAUUAUGAUAACGUUAAAUCGAAAAAUAAUAACCCACAAAAUAAUUCUCAUAAUUCAUCCGAUCCAAUUGAUUCGCCCAAUCUAUCAUCAUCCAAUCCACCACCAACCAGGGAUUUCUUAUUACCACCUUUACCAAAAUUCUACGAUUCGAGUUUUCAAGACGAACUAUUGUUUCACAUUAAUAAGAUAGGCGACUACUAUCAAGAUCAAGAUUAUUGUUUUAAGCUCGAUUCGAACUCGGAAAAAUACAAUGAUAAUUUUAAGGCAACCCCAACUGAAAAUUUGAAUAAGCCUUUGCCUCCAAGUUCAAUCAUAACACCAAAUACGCAAACUCCAAUAUUAUCAGCACCAAAAAUUAAUUUAAGAAAACAAAAUCGUAAACAAAAUAUUACCGACAAUGACAAUGAACUUCUCAUCAAACAAACCACAACCACUAACGAUGACAAUAACAAUGAUGAUAUGAUUAUGAAAUUUGAUGAAAUUAACGGUUUACGUAAUAAUAAUGCUGAAUUAAAAUCUGAACUUGAAAAACUUUUGGAAGAAAAUCAUACUGAUAUUUUAUUAAAAUUAGCAAAAUAUAGACGAAAUUGUGGAAUUACGAGAAAUAUUUAUGAGGUUAAUGUCUAUGUUGAAGAUUUUGUGAUUGAAAAGUCCCUUAUGACAAGAUAUUUAUAA